CUCAGCUGAGAGGUAGGCAGCACGUUGGAAAACAUUCUCACAGAGGCCAAAGAGCUCUUCCUCCACAGCCAACAGCUCUACUCUACAUACGAAACACAGCAGCCAUGACUGAGAGACGUAUUCCUUUCACCAUGCUCCGCACCCCCAGCUGGGACCCAUUCCGUGACUGGCACCAGAGCCGCAUCUUCGACCAGACCUUCGGCAUGCCUGCCUUUCACGAAGACUUCAACGCAUUCCCCAGCACCCACUGGCCAGGGUACGUGCGGCCCUCUCUCAUGGCCCCGGACAUGCCUUCCAUGGGCCAGAUGCCCUCCAUGGGCCAGAUGCCCUCCAUGGGCCAGAUGAGCUCCAUGGGCCCCAUGAUGCCCCACAACACCAUGAUGUACCCAUCGGCUAUGAUGGCUCACCAGGCCCGUGCCAUGUCUCGCCAGAUGAGCAGCGGCGUGUCAGAGAUCAAGCAGAGCCAGGACAGCUGGAAGGUGUGCCUGGAUGUCAACCACUUCUCCCCCGAGGAGCUUGUGGUGAAGACCAAGGAUGGAGUGGUGGAAAUCACUGGCAAGCAUGAGGACAGGAAGGACGAGCACGGUUUUGUGUCCAGGAGCUUCACCAGGAAAUACACCCUCCCAUCUAAUACUGACGUUGAGAAGGUGUCAUCCUCCCUGUCUCCUGAGGGGACGCUGACCGUCGAGGCCCCUCUGAUCAGAUCCGCCAUCGAGUGCUCAGAGACCAAGAUACCUGUCAACGUGGAUAACAAAGGCAUGCUGAAGAAGUAGAAAGAGAAGCAGCAAAGUGCCUCCCACAUAAACACACAUUUGAUGUUUUGCAAACCGAUCCUAGAAAGGUAAAGAAGCAGAUAAUCACUCUCCAGAAAGCGUGCUUGUUCACACGCCAGAGAGGGAAGCGAGGGAUUGCCCUUGCUUUCCUCUCUCCCCUCUGUCUCUGUUAAUGAGCUAACCCCAGCUGAGUGCACUGUGUAAAUACAUCUGCAGCACUGCCAUAUGCCUGCUCUUUUUGCUGUAAUUACACUCUCCAUCUGAAAUCUCAGUUUAGCCCCGCUAGAAGCUUUCUCUCACCCUCAAUUACACAUAUACACCAUUUCUAAUUUCUGAGUUAAUCAGCUUCAUAAAACCUCGACAGACACACCAAAGACAACAGUAAAGCAGACUGUAGUAGCAGUUCUUUAGUAGAUUUGAUAACAAAGGUCCCAGAAGAGCAUGCAUGCCAGCAGUCUGAGUGUAGAAUGGUGAUUGUUAGGAUAAACACUGUGGGACUGGAUUGGAAUUGUACUGCAAGUAAAUGUAGAAUAAAAGAAACAAACAAUA